GUAAGAAAAUGAAGCAACCCCCCAAAAGAUUAGCUCAAACCUUCCUAUUUCACAGUCUCUCUCUCUCUCUGUAGCAGUCGCUGACAGGUAUCCAUCCAUCUCUCCUCUCCUCUCUCCAACACUUGUUUCCCGUUCUUCCAAUUAGGUCACACUUCUCUCUCUCUCUCUCUCCCCCAUCUAUCUUUACUCAAAUCUUGUGGAUUUUUCUAAUUUUGGGUUGCUUCACUUACAACAAACUAAUAUCCUCAUCAAAACUCUUGUUUUUCUCUCUCUUCUUCUUGGAAAUUCCACCCUGCAAUGAGUUCUCUCAUUCAACUGUUGCAUGCUUCUCUGUUUUCUUUUCUUGUUUUUCCUUCAAUAUAUUGACAUCUUAGUUCAAUUGUUACCAAUACCCACUUCAGUUAUCAUGCUAUGAAUCCUCUUUUUAUGCAAUUCCUCUAUCAAUUUCUUCCCCUCUGUGUUUGCAUUCUCUUCUUCUUCUUCUUCUUCGCUCUCUUCCGGGCAUCUGUCUCCAGGUUAUCAAUUUUUCAUUGUUUCAUUUCUUUUCUUUUAAUUUGUUUAUACGGAAAGAGUAAUUCGAUAUAUUCUUUAUAAUAUCCAAUGCAGAUUAAAGACUGAUAGAGAUUCUAGAGGCAUUACCCGGCCGGUGAUGGAGAAGAAAACAGAGGAAUCUGAAGAAGAAGAUGAAGAAAUGACUGAAUUGUUUUCAGUCUUCAAGAACGACGAUGGAGCUGGUACUCAAAUUGAGAAAUCCCAGUUCCAUUUCAGUUUCAAUUUUCCGACCUAUGAAGAAUUCUGCCAAAAGAGGAGUGAGAACAUGGAUGGUAUUAAUCAAUCUGUGAAUGGAAAAUAUGAAGAUGAAGAUGAAGAAGAGCUCCAUGAAUUAAGAGACGAGGAUCAGGAUGAAUUCAUGGAAAUCCAUAAUUAUAAAGAAAAAGAACAUGAUGAAGAAGAAGAAGAAGGAGAGACGGAGAUAUUGGAGGAGAUAGAAAAUGGACAGCAGCAGCAAUUAUUAGCUGACGAAGAAGAAGAGGCCGAGGUCUGUUCAAUGAAGGGUCCAUUCGAGAUAGAAUCCGACUCCGAUUCGUCUUGUUCGAUUCUUCCUCGUCGUUUUGUCGUGAAUCCGUUAAUGGCAAUUUUCAGUGAUGGGUUUCUCUCAGACAGAGAUUUCGGAGGAGAAUUCGAACCGGAAACUCCGAUUUACGUUGAGGGAGAUUGUAUUUGUACAAUGGAACUCCCUCCGUCGUCUUCAGAAGAACUUCAUGCGAUGGGAUCAAGUCCAGAACUUGAACUUGGAGAUUUCUACGAUGAGGAAGAUGAAGAGAAUAUUUACUCGAUGGAAGAUCUUAACGAGAUGGAAGUAACCCAUCUUAGAGCCAUGGGCAAACAUGAGAACUCUGAUUUUCUAAAUGAGAGAGAUUUUCUUGAGGCGAGAGAAGAAGACAUUGAGGAAGAAGAAGAAGAUAGAAGAGAAACAACGGAUAAAUUAGAACCGUUGUGGGAGCAUCAAGAUCUAAUCGAACAACUGGAAAUGGAAAUGAAGAAAGCUAGGGCAACCGGUUUACCGACCAUUCUUGAGGACUCGGAGUGUCCGAAAUUAAUGGAAGAUUUGAAACCAUGGAAGAUCUCUGAGAAAUAUGAACAUGGAGAUCGAAUUGGUGAAUUUCAGAGAUUCUGUAAAACCUAUACAGAGAGGAUGCGCAAAUUCGAUAUCUUGAAUUUCCAGAAGAUGUAUGCAAUCGGUUUUCUACAGUUGAAGGAUCCACUAAGGCCGGUUAGAGUCAAAAGAUCGUAUGUUCAAAUGAUGAGGGCCCUAGUUUUGCAUAAAGUAAGGUUAGACAAAUCCUCGAAAGACAAAACAAAUCCGACAACGAAGUUCAUAAGGGAGUUACAAGAUGACCUAGAAGUUGUUUACAUUGGUCAAAUGUGUCUCUCUUGGGAAUUCUUGCGUUGGCAAUAUGAGCGUGAGCUCGAGCCAUGGGAGUUAGAGGGUCGUAAGAUUCGCAAAUACAACCAUGUUGCAAGAGAGUUCCAACAGUUUUGUGUGCUCAUACAAAGGUUCAUGGAGGAUGAAACGGUUAAUGGGCCAAGAAUUCAUUGCUAUGUAAAGAGCCGACAAAUUCUUCGCAAUCUCCUCCAAGUUCCUCUCGUGAGAGAUGACUAUAUUAGAGAAAAAAAGAAACCGACAAAGAUGAGCGAAUAUGACAUCACAAGUGACAUGUUAGUGGAGAUUAUUGAAGAAUCCAUAAAGACAUUUUGGGACUUCCUUAGGGCUGAUAAAGAUUGCAACAUUGUGCCUCUUCAAAAGGGUUCAAAAGAGAUUCACUUAGAGCCCAAAGAUCUUGAGCUCUUUGUGGAAAUUCAAAAAGAUCUCUAUAAGAAGGACAAGCAUAUGAGAGAUGCUUUACAUAGUGAGAACUCGAUACUAAAAAUGUUAAGAAGGAAUCGAGGAGAAGAAAAAAACCCAGAUCAACUUGUGUAUUUUCUUGCACAAGUCGAUAUGAGACUUGUGGGUAGAGUACUCAAUAUGUGCAGGCUAACCAGUGACCAAUUGAUAUGGUGUCGAAACAAACUAAACAAGAUAAAUUUUGUGGGCAAAAAAAUUCAUGUAGAACCAUCAUUUUUACUCUUCCCAUGUUGAUUCUACUUUGUUUUUAAGCUUAUAGAGUAGCUAUAUAUAUGUUAAUUA